GCGUCCGUCCCUGUGUAGGAAUGUGGAGGGCGGGGCUUUUGGCGCUGGUGGCAAAGUUUGGGAAUGAUAGAAAGGCUAUUGAAGAUAAUCGCGGAGAAGAGCUGGAAUGCUACUGCUUUGCGAAUUACAGUAACAUUUACACGUUGUUUUCUGUAAGCACCCAACACUAGUGCUUGGAUUCAUCAGGAUCUAAAUAAAGGUACGCAAUCCUGAGACAUGUCGGAGGACCUGAGCUCCCAACCCUGGUCCAUCAACAAGGAUGACUAUGAGCUGCAGGAGGUGAUCGGGAGCGGAGCUACGGCUGUGGUCCAGGCUGCCUACUGUGUGCCCAGGAAGGAGAAGGUCGCCAUCAAACGCAUCAAUCUGGAAAAAUGUCAGACAAGCAUGGAUGAGCUCCUGAAAGAGAUUCAGGCGAUGAGCCAAUGUCACCAUCCCAACAUUGUGUCGUACUACACAUCGUUUGUGGUGAAGGAUGAGCUGUGGUUGGUCAUGAAGCUGCUCAGUGGUGGCUCGGUGUUAGAUGUGAUAAAGCACAUCAUUUCAAAGGGGGAACACAAGACCGGUGUGCUGGAUGAACCCAGUAUAGCUACGGUGCUGAAAGAAGUCCUUCAGGGUCUUGAGUACCUCCACAAAAAUGGCCAGAUCCACAGGGAUCUUAAAGCUGGAAACAUCCUGCUGGGGGAGGACGGGUCAGUGCAAAUCGCAGAUUUCGGAGUAAGUGCCUUCUUAGCCACUGGUGGUGACAUGACUCGAAAUAAAGUGCGGAAGACGUUCGUGGGAACGCCAUGUUGGAUGGCUCCAGAGGUGAUGGAGCAGGUGAAAGGUUAUGACUUCAAAGCAGACAUCUGGAGUUUUGGGAUCACAGCCAUCGAACUGGCCACAGGCUCCGCUCCUUACCACAAAUACCCUCCUAUGAAGGUGUUGAUGUUGACCCUGCAGAAUGAUCCACCUUGCCUUGAGACUGGAAUCGCAGACAAAGAGAUGGUGAAGAAAUACGGGAAGUCCUUGAGGAAGAUGAUCUCGUUGUGUUUGCAGAAGGAGCCAGAAAAAAGGCCAACAUCAUCAGAACUCUUAAAACAUAAAUUCUUCCAGAAAGCCAAGAAUAAUGAAUUCCUGCAGGAGAAAUUAUUACAUAGAGCACCUACAAUUACAGAGAGAGCGAGAAAGGUACGGCGAGUUCCUGGCUCCAGUGGGAGACUCCAUAAAACAGAAGAUGGAGAGUGGGAAUGGAGCGAUGAUGAACUGGAUGAAGAGAGCGAGGAGGGCAAAGCUGCUGUUGCUGCCUUACGGGAGCAGCAGUCGAAGUCGACAAGGCGACAAGUCCGUUUCUCUCAGCCUCUUGAGCUGCCCCCACCCAGGUCACCAAGAGUAAAAGAAGGGCUCCAGACUGCAGAGAUAUUCCAGCCUUUCGGCAGUCAUCUCCAGCCUGAACUACCUCAAGCUGCUGGCCAGGGCCCGGCCAACACUCAACACACUGCCCCAACUACAACCCCAUCACAGCCGCAGCCUGCGCAGGCCCCAGGAAGUGAUGCCUCCCAGUCCCCCAUCAGUUUAGUAUUAAGGUUAAGAAACUUGAAAAAGGAGCUGAAUGACAUACGAUUUGAGUUCAUGCCUGGCAGAGACACAGCAGAUGGGGUUUCUCAGGAGCUGGUAUCGGCUGGCUUGGUAGAUGGCCGAGAUUUAGUUAUAGUGGCUGCUAAUUUGCAGAAGAUAGUUGAAGAGCCUCAUUCCAAUAAAAAUGUCACAUUUAAACUGGCCUCUGGUGUUGAAGGCUCUGAGAUUCCUGAUGAUGUCAAACUCUUGGGAUUUGCUCAGCUCAGCAUUAGCUAAACUUUGGCUCUGUGCGGGACCAUGACUUGCCUACAAAUGUGAAAACAAACCAACACUACCAACAGAAUGACACAUUGAUAUUUUUUUCCUCUCUCAAUUGCCCUCAAGAAACCACUGUUGCCAAAGAGAAAAGUACCAUUGCUCAACCCAUAGGAUUUCAAAUGGCCCAACGGCAGAGUUGCACAAAGAUAAGAAUUUGUAGGAAUCCAUUAAAAUAAAGUUUGCGAUUUAUUCGUACAAGGAUGCCGUUAUCAUAACCAGAUAUAACCUUAAUGCUCUUUUAAUGUUUCUCUUUCUUUUCCUCUUUUUUUCUUCUAUGUUUGUUCUAUUUUUGCACAAUCUGAACUGACACCCAAAAAAUGAAAUGUAAAAAUGCCUCUAAUAUAACUACUGAGUGCAUGUGAAGAGAGUGGAACUCAAAGAAACGUGGUGUUAAUAGAGGAAAUGAGUGAAUGGGUUUGCAGUAGCUAUAGAUUUUUUUUUUUUUUUUUUUUUUUACUUGUAUUUUUUCUAUGCCUUUAAAGAGAAGCCGCUAGCAUGUUUUAUCAGACCGCUUGCAUUAUUUACUUAAGUUCAUUUAAACCAGCUUGAUGAACAUUUACAGAAUCUGGUUUAGAAAUUUUAGAGAUUCUGGUUGCGCUCAAAAACAACCUUUCCAUUUUAGCCUGUUAUGCAGAGAGUCUGAUUCCUUCAUUGUACACUGGCUAGUGUCAAUACAAACACAAAUAUCCUUUAUUUCAGAUGCAACACACAUUCACUGAAUAAGAUUAAAUGUUCUGUUCAGUGUCAUUGAGCCUCAACGAACACUCCUAAAGGCUGGUUUAUUUUGCUUCUUUUCUCUUGUUUAUUUUAUUUGUGUGUGUGUGUGUGUGUGUGUGUGUGUGUGUGUGUGUGUGUGUGUGCGCGCUCAACAGGGCACAUUUGCAAAUGUUACUAUCCCACGCUGCUCUAAAAAUUAUUGCCUUAAUGUUUCUACACAUUUCUGCAUCAACCAUAUCUCUCCUUUUUUUAGAUUUCACAUUAAUUUGUGCAUUUUGGUUUUAAGUUUUUGACUAUAUCUGUCACUUCUCAUUUUUUAUAAGUCUCUGUUUAAGCGAUUUAGAUUUUUGAAAAAGGUAGAAGUACGUGAGGUACCUGAUGAAACUUUGGUGUUUGUUUUGUUUUUUUCUGUUCUGGAAUUGAAUUCUUAAGUAUUCAUGUGUAUUUCUGAUCUCGAUUGAACAUGUAAAUAAUGUAAUUUGCCAUUGGUUUGAUUUUAUAUGGGAUGUUUCAUUCAUGGCCUUUGUGUUCUUCAUAAAUACGGUGAUGGGAGGUGGUGUCGGUCACAAAAGACACAUUGUGAGUUUUGUUGGUUUGUCUGUUUGUCUAUGAGGGUGCCUAUAAUCACAGCGGGAUCUUAGGUGGCCUAUAUUUGCCUGAUGUUUCCAGCAGGUCUGUCCUAAACUGCUGAAGUUCUACUUAGAAUUUAUGAGAGGUUGUUUACUUCACUCAAGAAAUCUCAUUAAACAUAUCGCUACCUGUGUGCAAGAACAGCCUGGAAUAAUCUUAAGUAUCUUAAUUAUUUUGAAUCAGUGUUUCACCUGAUUUUUUUUUUUUCCUUUGACCUUUUUGACAUUUUAAUAUUUUAUAUAUAUAUAUACAGUCAAACCAAAAUUUAUUCAGACGUUUUUGAUAUUUUUGGUAUAUUUUGACUAGUGGGUGCAGGACACUAUAGUUCAUUUAUGUAAGCGAGGAUAGCAAAAUAAAGUAAACUGUGACAUAUUAUACCCAAUAAUUCUUCAUACAGUGGACUACCAGUAAAAUUGAUAAAAAACAAAAAUUAUUCAGACACUUUGGCCAGACCAUGUUUUGCUUAAGUGUUAUCUGACAUAAUUAAGAUGAAUGUUUUCUGACACAAGAUCUUGUCAUGUUUUAUUACCAUUUUUUUAAACUAUAGUAAAUAAACUGAAUUAAUGAAUGAAAUGUUCAAGCUGUCUGAAUAAAUUUUGGUUUGACUGUAUAUAUAUAUAUAUAUAAUAUAUAUAUUAGAGGUGCACCGAUAUAUCGGCCAAUAAUAAUUUUUGCACUAUCGGCCAAUAUAUCCUGUCAAUCAAAACGGGCAGGAAAAUGUACUGAAUUUAUGCUUUGUGUAAGGAAAAUGCUAUAAACCAGUUUGAUGUUCAAUAUUAUUAGUAAUUAUAUGAAUUUAUAUAAUUCAGAAAGUUAAGAAAUAUUCAUUUAAUUUUCAGAAUUUAGUUAAUGUGUUUGUUUAUAACUGAUAUCAGUUACUCUGAAACAAGUUGAUGAAAUGGAGAAAAUAAAGUUCGUAUUUGCAUUUCUUUCAAAAUAUAAUAAUUAAAAAUAUUAUUAUUAAUUAUAAUGAAAUUAUCAUUAAUUUAAAAGAAGAUAUAAAAGGCAGAACCCCCAAACUAUCAGUAUCGUUAUUGGUAUCGGCAGAUAUCACUCUGAAUUAUCGGCUAUUGGUGGAGAAAUUUAGUAUUGGUACAUCUCUUUAUAUAUAUAUAUAUAUAUAUAAAAUUUUAUUUCCUACUUUAUCUUCCAGUUUUAUUGGGAAGAUUCAAAAGAUAAGAGGGAAGUAAAAGAAAGCUUUGAUAACGCACAAGUAUUUUCUUUUCACCUCUUUGCAGUCACAACAAAGCUGUCCACUAAAAAUAGAAAAAAAUUUUUUUAUAAAAUUGCUUGAAUUUGAAAAGUCUAGUUUUGCUUCAAAUAAGGAAUUUGAAUAUUGAGGUUGCUAUGCAGCAGAUAUAUGUUCAACAUGAUUAUAUGGUAAAUAAUAAUAUCCAAUCUUAGUAAUAUGCAUUUCAUAAAGUCACACAAAUCUCCUGGCUUCUUCUUAAUACAGACCAGUGUUAGAGUACAGACCGCCUUCACAGUCAGUUUACUGUAAGAAACAAAAAAAUGAAAAGCAAAAAACAGUAAAAUAUUUUUCCUUUAGUUUAUAUUUUCACUAUUAUUUUUAUUUUGCUUGUUUUGAAUUUUAAGGCGUGUUUUUAAAUGCUUUAAAAUCAAUAAAGAAUGAACUUAAAAGGUG